AAUGGGAGUUCGGACUCCGCGGUUCUAAAUGAUACUUCCCUAUAUUCUGCGGCAGAUAGGCGCUCACAACUCGCCCAAAUUCCUGCUUCCAUACGGAUAUUCAUGACACAAUACCACACCACAUACUUCUCACUAAGCUCUAAAAAUGUAAUGCUGCAGUGGGUGUGAAAGCAUUUUUUGACAUGAUGCAUAGUGGUCCCCAUAAGCUGAUGCUCUUCGGAGGUGCCUGUACCCACGUUACCGAUCCGAUAGCCAAAGCUUCGAAACAUUGGCAUCUCACUCAGUUAUCUUAUGCGGAUACUCACCCGAUGUUCACAAAAGAAAAUUUUCCAAACUUUUUUCGGAUAGUACCGUCUGAGAACGCAUUCAAUUCUCCAAGACUGUCACUGCUGAAGCAGUUCAACUGGACUAAAGUGGGAACAAUAUAUCAAAAUGAACCUCGGUACUCUUUAGCACAUAAUAGGUUGGUAGCUGAACUGGAUACAAUGAGUUAUCAAGUCCUUGAAACUCAAAGUUUCACAAAUGAAGUGAACAGCGCCCUAACGAAAUUGAAGGAAAAGGAUACAAGGAUAAUUUUAGGGAAUUUCAAUGAGAGAUGGGCUAGGGAAAUUUUCUGUGAAGCUUACAAACUGAAAAUGUUCGGAAAAAAAUAUCAGUGGAUCAUAAUGGGAACAUACGGUUAUGAAUGGUGGAAAAAGUUAGAGCCUCAAUUCAACUGUAGCCUAGAAGAACUUGAGAGUGCGUUGGAUCAGACAAUCCUCACGGAUCUGUUACCAUUAUCAACAAGUGGAGAGAUAACCAUCUCUGGAAUAGUGAGUAGAAACUUAUUUGGAAGACUAUAGCUCUUUGUUAGCCCGAUUUCAGCUGAUAAUAAUCUCAAAA